AGAUCUAAAAUUACACAGCGGUCCAAAAACAUUCUUUGGCCGUUCAUGCCAAUUUUGAGGCAAGAGAUGAAAGCGAAGACAAUUCAAGGGAUUUUUUGGGCUCAAUUUUUGUUUCCUUCUUGGAGAAACUGGACGAAACGCAACAAAGAACACGGAAAGAGUACCAGUGGAUGACUUGGCUAGUGCCAGAAUUGAUAAUGCCAUCUGCUACAAGCACGAAAGUAAGUAUAAGUCAAAGGGGAAGUAGCUCCAAGCCAAUCGUGGCCAGGUUAUCACAUUUCAAAGCGCAAGUUAGACAGCUAGCUAGCUAGCUGGAAGAAGAGGGCAACGAAUACAUUUCAUUGGGAAGAAAAGCUGCCUCCAUAAGCCACCAACACACAAGAACAGCACUGAAGCUUCAAGACAUCAAGUCUCUGCAGUUGUCGGUACCAUGAAGAUGAUACUCAAGCGCCGUAUCUGUUUGCCGUACUUGGCCUUGGCAAUAGCAGUUGUUGCUGAAGAGAAACCACAAGAGUCCCUUAGGCGUCGGAAAGAAUCAUUGAGAAGACCCAUGGCGAAACUCGAGGAACAGAAACGUAGACGGCAGCAGGCUUUUUUCCCCAUCGACUUCUCGUUCUCUGGUGAUGAAUCGCACCUUGAGUUGGGACGACAACAAAGGGAACAAAUGAAUGAUCUCAAACCUGGCCAGGACUUGAGUGAACGCAUUAUUGGAGGUCGGAGCGCAUCCGCUGGGGACUACCCGUUCUUUGUGGAAUGGAGCCGAGGUUGUGGGGGGACCUUGAUCCAUCAAGACCUAGUGCUAAGCGCAGCGCAUUGCUACAACCCAGCAAGUCAGCAACUGACCGUUUGGGUUGGAGGCGUCCGGACUGGACGUGCGAGGCAACGGAGCAUAGCAGCAGCGUUCGUCCACCCGCAGUACGACCCUGACACCGAAGCUUAUGAUUUUGUUAUUUUGAAGUUGGACAAGGAAAUCCGCGGAGCCAUUCAACCGGUUGUUCUCAAUACUCAACCAAGCAACUUUCGAGAUCCUGAAGAUGGUGAAGAGCUUACUGUGAUAGGCUAUGGUGUCACUGAUCUUGUGAAUCAAGCACAGUCUCAAACCUUGUUAGCUGCCGAUGUCAACUACAUUGAAGAUUGUGCUACUCGAUCAAACUAUGAAUUGGGCGUUGUUCAACCAACCAUCAUGUUCUGUGCAGGGGCUCCAAGAGGGUCACAUGACAGCUGCCAAGGGGACAGCGGUGGUCCAAUACUUGACUCAAACAACCGUCAGAUUGGAAUUGUCUCUUUCGGAAGAGGAUGUGCAGAUCCAACCUACCCAGGGGUAUAUGCAAGAGUCAGUGCAGUGAGCAAGUGGAUCGAUCAGAUGAAGUGUUUGUCAACUGCUGAUCAACCCCGAGAUUGCGUGAUGAUUCGAAUAGAUAUACAGUAUGAUGGAUACCCGCUAGAAAACUCCUGGAAACUGCUGGAUGCCGACAACAACGUGAUAUACAGGGUGAAAGCGGGAGAAAUCCAACGAUCAGGUCACAUACCCACUACGCUGAUUGUUAGAGCAGGCUCCUACUCUCUGGAAGUGCAAGACAAGGUGGGCGAUGGAAUCUGUUGUCUGUAUGGUGAAGGCUUCAUCUCAGUUUAUACAGGUGACAGCUGGGUUGAAGCCAGCGGUGCUUUUGGUCGAGAAACUUCCGUCGAUUUUACGGUGAAUCCAAGCCGAGACCAGAGUGUCCGAGAAUACGCACGAUACGGCCAUUCCGUCUCACUGCGAAUGAUUAUCAAUUACGACAGCUUUCCACCAGAGACCUCUUGGCAGUUGAUGAACGACGACACAGGGGCGCCUGUCGACGACCUUGCCCCGCUGUCCCAGACUCAACCGGGGACAGUUACACGGGACUAUCACAAUCUUCGGGCGGGCCACUAUUGGUUUUCCAUCACUGAUUCUGCUGACGAUGGCAUCUGUUGUAGGAGUGGAUGGGGUUACGUUCUGUUUCAGAAAAUCAGCAGUGCAGGGGACUUUCUGUCGAAUGUUACAUUCAUUUCGGGCGAGUUCGGCAGCUACCACGAAGAGGACUUCCUUUUGACAUAGUGUUGGAAUUCAUUCAGUCAAUCCAGUCAAUCGACAGGUUUGUCCUGCACCGAAUACAUACAUAUUCUUCUCCACGGCCCCUGUGACCUUGGCUUCCUUCGGCCCUAGGUUUGCCGUCUUCGACAUGAAAUCUGAGUUGAUACGAAUGCCAAGACGAGCGGAAGAAUGCAUGACUGCUAGCGCGAUAUCAUUUCCUCGCUCUAUGGGAAGCAACCAGGAAGUAGUUCGCUACGAGUUGUUUCCAAGCCAAAACCAAACUGGUUUCAGCCAAUCAUGCGGCGUUCCACGAAAAUGUUGUCAGCAAGCUAUACUUGGUUUCGUCAUAACAAUUGCUAGCUAGCUAGAGACUUAGAAGUUACACUUACUAUGAUGCAUACAUUUCGGUUCCCACUAAUCAUACACUUAAUCGAUACGGCUUCUUGUCA